CAUGUCAGUCAGCGGGAUUACUACAAGCAAGCGGCUUGUAGCCAGAAACAACCUUCUCCGCGCGCCCCCGCCCCCCCCCCCCCAGAGGCUACUGGGCCGCCGGACACCUCUGAGCAUUCACAGAGCGCCUCGCAGCACCUUUCGCCAUCCCCCCCCCCGCGAAAAGCCUCCCGGGGGGAAGGGCAGAAGCCCCUCCCGCGCCGGCCUCCCCCACCCCCCGUACUCCCGGGAGCGGCCCAGGCUCCGGCAGGGUCUGCGCUCCGGGGUGGCCAGGCUGGGCGCGGCGCGGCUCCUACCGGGGCGGGCACAGCCACCGGCGGCCCCUCCCGCGCCUGCCUGCCUGCCUGCCUGAGCCGGGCGGGCUGCUGGGAGUUGUGGUCCUCCGCGCUGCCGAGCCCGAGCCGGAGCCGAGAAGCCAGCCAGCCAGCCAGCCAGCCGGCCGCCCCGAGGAGCCCCCCGACCCACCCCGCUCGGCAGGCGCCGCGCAGCAGAGCCAUCGUUGGGAGGAGAUCCUGCGUGUGAUUCCACCGGCAGAGGAGAAGGAUGCAGUUGCCUGAGGGAGGAGGCCUCGGGCAAGACACUCCCACCAUGCCACAAGACUGAACCCACAGUGGAUGGCGCAGAACUAGCAUGCGUGCCAUGUCAGCACGUGGUCAAGAGCCGGGCACUUUGCCUCUCCAAAAUGGAUCCCCCUUCCAGAAGUGUCUCUGAGGUUGGCUGGAGCAGGUGUGCACUAAAUGCGCAGCCAACGCAGCCUUGUCUCCUGUGAUUUGCCGGAGGGCCUCUGCCAAUGCCCGCCCACAGCCUACCUUUCUCCUCUCACCUGUGCUGACCUGCACGGCGUGAGUGCCCCAGGGCCACUCAAGGACUGAACGGGCAGCUUGGCACUUCUCCGGCGUGUCCCCGAGGUCAGCAGCUUCUCCUCCCCAAGAUGUCUCUGGAAUGGCUGACGGGCUGGAGCGGCUCCCUCGACCGGCUGCGAGACGUCAUUGGCACGGGGAUCCAGUCUGUCCGGGACUGCAACACUGCCGCGCUCGGCACCGUGGCCUUCCUCCUCGCCAUGUUCGUGUGGUAUUGCUACCACAUUGGGCGCGAGCAGCCCCGGUCGUACGUCACGGUGAACUCUCUCAUGCAGGGCAUCGACGGCAGCAGCAUGCAGAACGGUUACACCCACUGCCAUUCCCCAGAGUGCGUGCGCUGCGCCCACAGCGACGGCCUGAACCAGAAGCUCUACCACAACCUGCAGGAAUAUGCCAAGCGUUACUCCUGGUCGGGCAUGGGCCGGAUCCACAAGGCCAUCCGAGAACAAGGCCGCUACCUGACCAGCCGCCCGUCCAUCCAGAAGCCGGAGGUCUUCUUCCUGCCAGACCUGCCCACGACCCCCUACUUCUCGCGGGAGGCUCAGAAACACGAUGUGGAGCUGCUGGAGAGGAAUUUCCCCACCAUCCUGUGUGAGUUCGAAGCCCUCUACAAGGCCUUCUCAAACUGCAGCUUGCCCCAGGGCUGGAAGGUCAACAGCACGCCCAGUGGGGAGUGGCUAACUUUCUUCCUGGUCAACCAGGGCACCUGCGUGCCCCGGAACUGUCGGAAAUGCCCCCGGACGUACCGCUUACUGGGCAGCCUCCGCACCUGCGUAGGCAACAACGCCUUUGGGAACGCCUGCAUUUCUGUGCUGACACCCGGCACGGUCAUCGCUGAACACUACGGCCCGACCAACAUCCGAAUCCGCUGCCAUUUGGGUCUGAAGACACCCAGCAACUGCGAGCUCGUGGUGGGCGGGGAGCCCCAGUGCUGGGCGGAAGGGCGCUGCCUGCUCUUCGACGACUCUUUCCUGCACACGGCCUUCCACGGAGGUUCUCCCGAAGAUGGCCCCCGCGUGGUCUUCAUGGUGGACCUCUGGCAUCCAAACGUUGCUGCCGCCGAACGCCAGGCCCUCGAUUUUAUUUUUGCUCCAGGACGAUGAUCCGUGUGCCGUCGCAGAAUGGGGUGGAGGGUAGCCUAGGGGCCCUGAGGGGCUGCCCGCCCGCUACAGCCCCUCCACAGAGCUAGCCUGUCUUGGUGGGCAUGUGUGCGCGCACAUACACACACACACCCCGGGGUGGGGUUUGCUCCUUGCACCUGUUUCUGUACAUCGGCCAUUCCACCGUCGGUCUCCCGGCCUCUUUCUUCCCACCCUUUGCUCAGAGAGGAGGGCGACCUCCCUCCCUCCACCCCUUUGCUUUGGGGUUCCACACAGAGCCAGUAGUGCCGUGCGUGUUAUCCUGCUAGCCGUGUUUUGCCGUGUCCAGAACUUAGCCUCCCGCCAACCCCCGGGUACUGUUGAAUGUCGCUGUGUGAACUUUCCUUUGUGGUCAUCUCUAUACAAAAAAGCAACGCCUGGGCCUGCUCGAAAGGAACGUGACCUCUUUACUCACGAGGAAGAGAGUACGGUGGGGAGGGGGCUCUGGUGAUGGGGUGGGCUGCUGCCCCAACCCCUUUUCUCCAGCUUUGCUGCUCGCACCUUGUUUGCCCCAGUUUCUGCCCUUGGAGGGGAGCGAGCUGCUCCCUGCGGCCGGGGGCAGGAGGGGAAUGCCGGCCAGUCUGCCUGCAGGGGGGGCAAGCCGGAAGGAAGAGGGACUGGCUGGCUUUCAGGGAGCCACUGGCUGACCGGCCCCCUCCCCACCUGGGAGUGUUCAAGGGCAGUUCAAGCAUCAUUGCCAGACCUCGGUUUCAUAGGUCACCGUCUUGUGAUGGAAAAGAAAAACCCCUCAAAAAGCCACGCAUGAUCUGUUCCGCCUCCAACUGACCAAGCAGCUGGAGGGAGUCUUCUGGGCCAGGCCGCCGGGCUCAGUCAAGCGUGUUAUGGCUUGGGAUCAUUUUGUGCCAGUAACAAUCAAGGCAAGCAAAUAAAUUAUUGUGCUGAAA